AAUUCUCGGUAUAGACAACAUAAAGAUGAAAUUUAUAGGCUUUGAAAGUUACACGAGCUGGAUAGUAACCAUUGGAAGUUGCAUCAUCAACUGUACUUCUCAAACUCCAUACAGAAUAGCUGGAUUGAUGUAUGUGUCGAUUGCUGAGUACUACGACACAGACAGAGAAACAGCUUCACUUCCAAUUCUGAUUUAUAUCAUUGUAAAAUGUCUUGGAGGGCCUUUUUGUGGAGCUUUGGGUGAAACACUCAGUCCUGAGAACAUAACAAUAUAUGGGACAAUCAUUGCUUUCAUUGGAUUUGGAGUAUGUUUCUUUGCACACAAUAUUAUCAGUUUGUGCAUAUAUUUAGGCUUAAUAUAUGGUAUAGGUCUGACAGGAAGUAUUACAUUUCUUCCAACCAUAGUAAAGAAAUAUUUCAACAAAAAUAUUAACUCAGCAAAUGGAAUCUCUCAAGCUGGAUCAUGUUUGGGAGCAUUUCUUGUUCCACCCCUUGCUGUAUUCCUUCUGGACAAAUAUGGUUUACCUGGAACGUUUUUAAUUGUAUCAGCACUUAUGCUUCAUGCGGUGCCAAUCAGCAUGCUCAUCCAAAAAGCAGGUUUAGCACAAGAUAAAAUCAUUGAAACUAUGAAAAGGAAUAACGAGCUUGUCCAUCAAGAGAAGAUAAGUGCAAAAAAUCAAAAAUCUCCCCUUGACUCGAAUAAUAGUACUUCGGAGAAAAUAUCUAUAAACAAUCAAACAACUCUUUCUGACUCAGCUAACAAACUGACAGAGAUGAGAGUAAACAAUCAGAAAUCUCUUCCUGAUUCAGCAGAGCAUAUUAAUACAUCAGAGCGGAUUCCUAUAAACAAUUAUAAACUUCUCCCUGAUUCAGAAGAUGAUAAUAUAUCAGAGCAGCUUUCUAUAAACAAUCAGAAACCUCUUCCAGAUUUUGUUACUAAGAUAUCAGAGCCGUCUAGAAGAUUCAAUGAUUAUGAUCUAAGUAAAGAACAACACGAUGGUAUUAAAGAUAAUUAUAGUUCAGAUACCUCUAAACUCUCCCUACAGUCUCACGUGUACAAUCAAUCAGCUUUAGAAAAAAGUUGCCCAAGUAUCAGCCAUGUAGGCAAUGAGAUUCGCGAGACUAAUGCAUUAAAUCAUGGUGCUGAAAUAUCAAAUAUAUUGGAAAUAAAUGAAGCUCUUCUACACCCUCAAGAUUGCAGUGGUGAUUCUGAUAGCGACGAUGCUGUCAAAACAAGCCUUCUUCCAGAAAUGAAGACGGUUUCGUACCUACAUUCCGAUUUAGAAAAUGAUUCAAAACUACCUGAUAUGACACAAUAUAAACAAAUGAUUACAACUUGCGUGGUUGCACCGAUAGAGAAUAAUCCAGAAGUGUCAGCGAUUUCAAACAGGUCACACAAUCCAAAACCACACAAAAAAAGUAAAUUUGCAUUUCUUAAAGUGUUUCUGAACCUCCCCUUUUUAAUUAUAAUGUUUUGCACUGGUAUACAUAAUUAUGUGACAGUUCUAGUGACGACGACAAUGAUUGAUUACUCACGAGACAAAGGAAUACCAAGAUAUAAUGAAGUCUAUUUUUUAAUGAUGCAUCCAUUUGUUGAAAUCAUUGGCCGUGUCAGCUUCGGUUGGGUGACAGACUUAGGGUAUUUAACAUUAUCUAAUUACUCAGUGAUAUGUUUUAGUCUUAUGGGUCUUACAUGUAGUUGUAUUUUGUGGUCUGCAGACUUUUGGGUGAUGAUGUUGGGAGCAUUGACUUUUGCUAUAUCGUGUGGUGCCUUGACUGCUAUAUUUCCAGGCAUGGUAUUUAGUUGUGUUCCCGAGGAGAUGCAGUCGAUGGCUAUAGCUUCAAGAUAUGUAUUAAGUGGACCUCUAAUCUUCACAUCUGCUCCAUUAAUAGGAUUUUUCAGAGAAACUCGUGGAUCAUAUGAUGGAAUUUACAUCUUGUUAAUAGCUUUGUGCAUGCUGUGCGCUGUUGCAAUGCCUUUGUUGCACAGAUUUUCCCAACGUGGCAAAAAAAGUAGAGACAUGAGAAUGAUUUUGAAACUGCAGAACAUAUAAUAAAAAUAUUCGAACAUACUAUUUUUUCCAGGUGCUAAUGAUUAGAGACUUAGACAUGAACUCUAAAACGGUGUACUGAUUUUUUCCAAAGUCAGACCAUUUUCUUGGAAAGCAGGUUUCCCCCCUAAUAAUAGUAAUUUAAUGAAAAUAUUUCAAACAUUUUAUUGAAAAGAGAAAGAGACACACAGUUUUCUUUUUAAAGUGAUGGAGAAAUUGUUCAUGUACUAAACCAAUACACAAAUAGUAAGCAAACAUUUUUUUUUUAAUUACAGUUCAUGGCCAUAUU